CUAAUGCGGACCGCCCACCACUAGUUUUGGAUAUCGGAGCAGCUGCGAUAAUUAUUUUUGGGGAGAUUUUCCCAUUUUCUCAUGUAAUAAAAAGUAGAUCUAGCCACGAAUCGGACGUCAAUAAAUAAAUGCCCCCGUAAAUCGACAUUUGGAACGGUUUAGAAAAUCAAGCGAACAUGGAGUGCAAUCUGGGCAGCGAGAUUGGCCAGAAGAUGCGCAGUGCCGUCAAGGCAAAGCUUUUGGAGCUGGGAACCGGGGGAUCAGCCGGUUUUAUAGAUGACGAACUGCCGGACUACGUGAUGGUCAUGGUAGCCAACAAACGCACCAAACAGCAGAUGAACGCGGAACUAAAUCUCUUCCUGGGCGAUCAGACGGAUCUUUUCGUUACCUGGCUGCACGAGGUGCUGCAGAAGUUGCAGGAGGUCACACUGCCCACAUCCAGUGCUUCCAGUAAGAAGCGCAAGUCGCGCGGCCAAGGAGAAGCUGCCAAAGCCAAAGACAAGGACAAAAAGGGCUCCAGAAAGGACAAAAAGCCACAUCGCAAGUCCGGUGAUGAGCUGUCGGAGCCGCAGUCCAGUUCCGCGGAUGCCAUGCCCGUUAUUAGCUCAAUCACCGAUGUCUUCGCCGAAGAGCUCCUCGAAAAGGCCAAGAAAACUCUCGACAUCGAUCUCAAUGCCAAGGACGAGAUCCUGCACAAAAAAAAGAAGCGCAAAUCAAUCGAGGACGAGGAGGCGUUGGCCAGCAGGGACCUGGACUUGCCCGCCAUAUCCGAGAUCAGCUCAACCACUAGCGGUGUCAAUCGACAGAAGGAUCUUGCCGAGCUGGCCGAGAUCCAGAAGAAAAUCCAGGCAGCCAAAAAGCAUUUACGCCAGAUUGGCGAAAUCGGAGAAGAGAGCGAUGAAGACGACGAUGACCUCUUGAACUUGAGUGUCCAAGAAGAGUCUGUGGAUCAGGAACCCGAGGAGGAAACACCGCAAUCGGAGGCUCCUCCCCGAAAGGCCAAAAGUCCUAUUAUUUUCAACAGACGGGAAAAGACACCAGAUAAGCGUCAACAGGCUGAGCCGGAAAUUGACACUCGCCAGGUGGAGGCAAAAGAGGAGGAGAAGACCACUCAACCCGAGGGAACUUCCGAAAAGCCGAAGGAAGAUCGUUCAGAGCGUCGAUCCGUACACGAUCGGCUCGGUUCCAAGGCUCAGCUGCCGCCAGAGCGCUCGCAGCGUAGCAAAAAGGAACUAUAUGUGCCGGCCCAUAGGCGACGCAGUGAACCCGAGGCCAGCAAGGAACGGAAUCAACGAGAACGCUCCCGGGAACGACGCUCCAGCCGUGAUAACUCCAGGGACACCAACCGUAAUCACCGCCAGCGUCGCACGCCCAGUCCAGAGGUUCCGGUUACCAAGCAACGGAUUGGUUCCCGCGUAAUUGUGGCUGUGAACAAGCCGCCAGAGCCGUCGGACGAUGAGGAUAUGGCCGAUAAGCCGGUUAACUCCGUGAUCAAGAUCAAGCCCCGGCCGCAAGUUUCUCCUAGGCGGCAGGCCUGCAAGAACCUACUGCUGCGAGCCGUGGCCGAUGCUCAACGUUCAACAAUUUUGGCAAAAACUUCCUCGAAGAAGGAGAGCGAGGAGGUGGUUAAGAUUACCAGCAGUUCGCUGAGCAAGCGCAAAUCGUUGGAAAAUAAUGAUCGGGAUCGCGAGAGAGAGCGGGGCAAGCGGAGUGCUCCCGGCAACGAACUUUUCCGGCGCACCACUCGGGAGUUGGUGGUGAAUGUUACACAACGGGAUGGCAAGCGUGCGCGGCGAUCCAACGAAAGUCGCGCCGAGAUCAAGGUGGUGGAGGAGGAGUAUACGCCUAGUCUGAUUACUGAGGAAGUCGAAUCGUAUGUGCCGCAGCUGCUGGCCAAUGUGGAUGAGCUGGAUUUGCACAUCAGCUCCCUCGAUGAGCCCACUCCCAGCUCCGGAGCUCUCAAGACCCAGUUUGUGGUCACAUUGAACGGGGAUAAAGCGUUAGGCGGGAACAAUGGCAAGGGAGGCUCCUUUCGGAAACGCUCGAGCACCUCGCGCAGGCGCUCCUCCUCCCCGGUGUCUACAGCACAAGUGUCCUCUUCCAGCGCCGAGCCCACGUCCACGACCGCCGACAAGCGACGCCGAUCAAAUCGGGACAGAAGCUUCUCGCGCUCGCCCACACAGAGCAGCGGUUCGCCUUCCCUCCAGACGACACGCAGCCUCAAUCGCAACGAGGUGCUCCGGCAGCCGCAGGAGAUCAAGAAAAUCAUAAUAAAAAACGACACGGAUGAGGAUGACGAAAUGCACGGUUCACCGAAGAAACGUUCGCCCAAUAAGCGCCAACAAGCGGCUGCAGCCACAACCUCGGCCAAUGGCCAUAAGGACAAUAAGGCUAAAGCGCCGAUGGAGGACCGCUCAACCACUCCCCCACUGCCGGCCAAACCAAAGCCACGGGCGGAGAGGAGAGCAUCCAGCAAGGAGAAAACCAAUAGAUCCAAUUCAGUAGAGGAGACAUCGGCAGCUGCAUCCGCCGGCGUAUCCACUAGCACUUCUACUGCUACCAAAGCCAAGCACACGCCCAUUCGCUUUACACUCAAAAACGAGGACGAGCCGAGUUCGCAUAGGAAGCGCCGCUCUGGCAGCCCAGAGCGCGAUGUAGUGGGCCCGGAGAAACGCAGGGUACCCAUUCGCAAUGCGGAGGACAGGAAGUACGACAAUCUGCCGGCAUUAAGCGCCGUUAGCGUGGAUUCCACCGUGCUGAAAGUGAACAAGCCCAAGGAGCGUUGCAAAUACCAUCCAAAUUGCACGAAGCAGUUUUGCGAGUAUUACCAUCCGACGGCGCCUUGCAAGUCCUUCCCCAACUGCAAAUUUGCAGACAAGUGCAUGUACUCGCAUCCCAAAUGCAAGUUCGACAUGGCCUGCAUGAGCAUCGACUGCAACUACGCCCACGGCGGCCAAAGGGAACUCAGCCAUGUGCAGCUUGCGGCGCCACCACUAUCCUCCCACGUCAUACCAGUGCAGAACUACAAGUCAAUAUCGGCACCUGUAACCUCCACGACGGCUACUACGAUGUGCAAGUACUACCCAAACUGCUCAAAGCUGGGAUGCACUUUCUAUCACCCGAAACCCUGUCGUUUUGGAAAGAACUGCGUAAACAAACUGGAGUGCAUCUUCUACCAUCCGGAGAUGCAGAGCAAAUUCAAGUGGGUGGCAUCUUUGGGCUGAUAGGGCCGCCCACAAAAACGGACUCUGCGUUCAAACGAUAUUUAGCAAAUGUACUCUGGACUCCCGGUUAACGACAACUAUUCGAUACCACUCUCUUUCAAUUGUAUGAUUAGGCGAGCUUGGAGUCUUUUUUUCUUUCUUUAUACACGGAGUUGUAUCUUAUUUAAACUUGAUUUAUAUUUGCAUUCAUCCUAUUGCUUAUAUUUAAUAACUUUUAUAUUAGUCAUUAGCAGCUCUCUCACUGAAAUGAUAAACAAAACUAAAGUUUGUUGUUCAUGCGGAUUUGUUUGCAUUCAAACCAUAAAGUACACGUCAUGCUAAGGUUGACGAAUAAAUUUAGCAAUAGUUGCUAUAAAUUGGAAAAAUUAAA